AUGGCCGCCGAACAAGCACCCUAUCUGACCCAACUCGACCCGGAGACCAGCAACCGCUUAUCCGCAAGACAACUGGCGGCACUCGCACUCUUACAAGACCAAUUCGAUGUCGAUAAGGAUAAGCUGCAAGUGAUCGUCGACCAGUUCCAGAAUGAAUUCAAGAUCGGCUUGGAACAUGUUCUCCACAUUAAUACCACCACCAGCAAUCCACCAAAUCAACAACAGCAACAAGAAAAUGAGAAUAACGAUCAAUCGGCGGCUCAAACCCAGCAACAACCCAAUUCCCGCUCGAUCAAGAGUAACAGUACUAAAAAAUCAUCCCAAGUUACCCUGCCCAUGUUACCUACGUUCAUCCACAACGUGCCCAAUGGAGAGGAAAAAGGAUUGUUCUUGGCAUUGGAUCUUGGCGGCACUAACCUGAGAGUGUGUGAAGUGAGGUUGAACGGGGACAAGACCUUCUCGAUCAAAUCGGACAAAUAUCUUUUAUCCGACGAAAUCAAAACGGGUACCGCAGAAGAACUAUUCGAUUACAUCGCAGAUUGUGUCAAAGCUUUCUUGCUUCAACUAGGCCAUGUAUUGAGUGACGACGAGAAGCUCCAUCUCGGCUUCACCUUCAGCUUCCCGGUCAUCCAAAGUGCUUUGGCCGAGGGGAAACUGAUGGACUGGACCAAGGGGUUCAAAGCUUCCGGCGCGGUCGGCUUCGAUAUCGUCAAAUUGUUACAAGACGCAUUGGAGAAGAAAAAAGUGCCUGUGCAUUGCAAUGCGCUCGUCAAUGAUACCACUGGAACGUUGAUGGCACGGGCUUACCAAUCUGGAUCGGCACUAGUUGGGGCCAUCUUCGGAACAGGCACGAAUGCCGCGUACGUCGAGCGGCUGUCGGCAGUCAAGAAACUGACCGGUCACCAAUCACCGACGUUCCAAAAGGCAGACAAGAUGAUCAUCAACACUGAAUGGGGAGCGUUUGAUAACUCUAGGAACGUCCUGCCAGUGACAAAGUACGACAACAAACUGGACCGCGAGUCUAUCAAUCCGCGUAAACAGGCGUUCGAGAAGAUGGUCUCAGGGAUGUAUCUGGGAGAGCUGACGCGGAACGUGCUGAUGGAUAUGAUUGAUGAGGGGGUUCUAUUUGAGGGUUAUUCGACAGAGAAGUUGAACCGGCACUACGGCUUUGACACGGCCCUGAUGAGCCAGAUUGAUGGGGGCGGGGUUCUGAGUCUGAGCGGGAAGGGGCGAGAGGAGCAUCUGCGCAAGAUCGAGGAUGUGAUCCGGGGCCAGUUCGGGCUGGUCGAUCGGGCCAUCGGGACUGCGGCGGACUGGAUCGUCAUCAAGCGGGUCUGCGAGAUCGUCGCCACCCGUGCCGCCCGUCUCUCCGCCGCCGCCAUCGCCACCGUCAUCAAGCAGACCGAGGCCGACUCGAGCUCCAGUCUGGCUAACGACCAAAAGAUCUCCAUCGGCGUCGACGGCAGUCUCAUCGAACGCUACGAAAACUUCAUCGACCGCCUCAAGCGCGGCCUCAGAGACCUCUUCGAUGACCAGGUUUACAGGAAAAUCGAAAUCGAACUCGCUAAGGAUGGCUCGGGCGUCGGCGCUGCUCUCUGCGCCCUGCAGGCGAAAAAACAGGAGGACGAACUCUCUCUUCUCUCUAGAGUUCAGAACAUCUCGAUCUGA